GCUUCUGAGUCAACCUACGCGGUGGUUUGCUAGCGAACAUAAAACUGAAACGUUGAAGCUCUUUAGACCAAUCUUGUUACUGUUAGUGUUUUGAAUGUAAUUAUUUUUACUUAUCUACUAGUUCAUUUAGACGUAAUUUGCUUGUUAAAUUAGUAAAUGUGUUAAAUUGAUACUGCACUAGGCUAAUCGACCGGAGCAUGAGCUCUCUAAGCUCGACGGAGAAAGAAGCUCUGAUGAAAGGAGAGGAAGAAGCUUUCAGGAUGAAAAAGGAGGAAGAGGAGCCUAUCACAUUGAAAGAAGUAGAGGAUGAUAUUACAGUGAAAGAGGAAGAUGUGGAAGAGGAGGAGGUAGAAUCUUUCAGAAUCAAAAAGGAGGAAGAUGCCAUAACAUUGAAAGAAGAGAAUGUAGUGAAAGAAGAGGAAGAACCUUUUGGAGUAAAAGAGGAAGAGGAGGAUAUCUCAAUAAAAGAGGAGGAAGACGUUUUGGAAGUGAAAAAGGAGGAGGAGGCUGAAGAUCGGAUUACCACCAGAGAGAGACAUGACUAUUGUGGAUCCUCUGGGGAGCCUCAACAACAUCCUGAUGCUGACGAGUCAGAGAAGAGUCUCUCCAGAUCAGAACACCAGAUGGACAACGCUAGCUCUUCCUCCCUCCCGGAGUCCCUGUGUUGUGCCUCUCCCGGUAGCACCUUACUGCUGGGUAUGAAGAGGUUGUCUGUGCUGCUGGUGGACUGCAGGAAAACAACGGGGCUGAGUGGAACUGUGAGAGGAGGAGAAGAGAAGAAAGGAUCAGAUUUGACACAUCAAAGAGAAAGACCAGACUCAGAGGAACCAGAGCCAGGGACGUCCAAACCAGAAAGACGACACCAGUGUUCCUACUGUGGAAAGGGUUGUAACCACUUAUGUGAGCUGAAACAACAUGAGAGAAUACACACAGGGGAGAAGCCUUACCACUGCUCCCAGUGCGGAAAGAGUUUUAGCCAUAAAGGAAACCUGAAGCAACACGAGAGAAUACACACAGGGGAGAAGCCUUACCACUGCUUCCAGUGUGGAAAGAGUUUUAACCUGUUAGGGUACCUGAAACGACAUGAACGAUUACACACAGGAGAGAAGCCUUACCACUGUUACCAGUGUGGAAAGGGUUGUAACCUCUUAUGGGAGCUGAAACAACAUGAGAGAAUACACACAGGGGGGAAGCCUUAUCACUGCUCUCAGUGCAGCAAGAAUUUUAACCUCUUAUGGGAGCUGAAACAACAUGAGAGAAUACACACAGGGGAGAAGCCUUACCACUGCUCGCAGUGUGGAAAGAGUUUUAACCAGAAAGGACACAUGAAAGCUCAUGAGAGAAUACACACAGGGGAGAAGCCUUAUCACUGCUCCCAGUGUGGAAAGAGAUUUAACCAUAUAAGGAACCUGAAAGUCCAUGAGAUAAUACACACAGGGGAGAAGCCUUACCACUGCUCCCAGUGUGGCAAAUGUUUUAACCAGUUAGGGGCCCUGAAACAACAUGAGAGAAUACACACAGGGGAGAAGCCUUACCACUGCUCCCAGUGUGGAAAGUGUUUCAACGGGUCAGGGGAUCUGAAAAAACAUGAGAGAAUACACACCAGGGAGAAGCCUUAACCCAGUGUGGAAGGAGUUUUUACCAGAAAAGCAACCUGAACCAACACGAGAAAAUACACAGAAGCCAUACCACUCCUCCCAGGGUGCAAAGCUUUUGCCCAUUAAGGAAGCCUGAAAGAACACAUGAGACUGCACACAGAGGAGAAGGCUUACAAAAGCUCAGACUCUUUGAGAACAUUUUACUCAUAACAAUCACUUAAACGUCAUGAGAAAAUCCACACAGGAGAGAGAAAUUACUUCUCUUAGCGUGUAUAUUGAUAUUUCACAUCACAUUGACUUAAAACUCAUCAGAGAACAUACACAGUGCUCCUGUCUUAUAUUGUUGACCGAUAAUGUGUUUACCUGUUUUUACCAUAUGAAAUUGAAUUGUACAAAGUAUACUCAAACAUAUAUUUGUAUGUUUUUAUUAGAAAACAUUAAUUGAAUAUGGAGUAUGUCAGUUUGAAUAUAAAGUAGAUCAUAUUCCAUGUGUUUAAAUUGUCCUUUUUUAAACUCUAUGUGUGUUUAUCUGGGUGUGUCAUUCCUCCAGCACUACAGAUAAUCAAGUGAUAUUUGGAUGUGAUGCAUUUGCUCCAUUGUUUACAUUUGCAUUGUUGGCCCACUGAUGAUUUAAUGAAAUGAAAAUGUUCAGACUUUGUAAUGGAAAAUCUUAAUUGUAUGUGUCCACAGAACUGAGUAUGUGACUAACCUUGUGAAACUGUCCUAUUAUAAUCUCCUGUUCUUGGAAGUAUCAUCCUGUGUUGCUAACCAGCUGCACCUGUGUCCUUGUAUGAAUGAAGUCCCUCCCAGGAACAAUAAACUAUAAAGAUAUGUGCUCGUAACCCAAUGCUCCGGAAUUUAAACUGUCUCCAUUUCGCUGUGUAACUAGUGUAUAAGAGGUCAUACAAAGAUUCUGCUGUGACUCUUAUGUGGAUGAUGUUAUAAAUAUUUGUUGGUAUGAUUUGAUUAAUGAGGAGUAUCCAGACGCUGCACUUCAUGAAUUUAUGAAAUUGCUUCUAACAAUUAUUGAUAAACAUGUACCUGUUAAGAAACUGACUGGUUGAACUGUUAAGGCUCCAUGGAUUGAUGAGGAAUUGAAAAACUGUAUGGUUGAAAGAGAUGGGGCAAAAGGAGUGGCUAAUAAGUCUGGCUGCACAUCUGGCUGGCUUACAUACUGUAAAUUGAGAAAUGAUGUGACCAAACUCAACAAAAAGAAUAAACUUUAUUAUGAAUCCUAGAUCAAUGAUAUAAAGAAUGGUGGAAACAAACUUGUAAAAAAACAUAAUGAAAGAAAAGCAGUGCAAGUAUUGAAUUUUGUAAAGUUAGUGUGGGAGAGGUGGAAGAAUUGUUAUCGAUCAUGAAUGACUGUCACGUCCUGACCAUAGUAAGAUGUUAUUUUCUAUGGUAGAUUAUGUCAGGGCGUGACGGUGUGUUUUGUGUUUUUCUAUGUUAUGGUUGAAAGAGAUGGGGCAAAAGGAAUGGCUAAUAAUCUGGCUGGCUUACGUACUGCACAUUGAGAAAUUAUGUGACCAAACUCAACAAAAUAAUAAACUUUAUUAUGAAUCCUAGAUCAAUGAUAUAAAGAAUGGUGGAAACAAACUUGUAAAAAAACAUAAUGAAAGAAAAGCAGUGCAAGUAUUGAAUUUUGUAAAGUUAGUGUGGGAGAGGUGGAAGAAUUGUUAUCGAUCAUG